AUGGGGCGACCAAAGCGCAACGUUUUCGCAGCCGCCGAAGAGACUUCUACCCCGCCUCCGUCUUUGACACCCACCCAAGCCAUUGCGCGUGUCAUCAAGGCAGAAGGGAACUGCCUGUACUCCUGCUCACUGCCAGACCAAAAGCUCCUUCUUGUCGAGCUCCUCUCUCGUUUCCGCAAUACCAUCUGGAUCAAACGUGGAGGCUAUGUC